AGCCAGGAGCUGGGCCCCCCUCCCUCUGUGGACGAGGCAGCCAACACUCUGAUGACGCGCCUGGGCUUCCUACUGGGAGACAAGAUGAACGAGGGACAGCCGGGCUCACAGUACGACAUGGACGACCACGACGACAGCCAGGUAGUGACCCAGCGGAUCAGCCCCUGCUCCAGCCUGGCCAGCAGCACAGCCUCCCCCCCUGCAGGCAGCCCCUGCUCCACGCUGCCCCCCGGAGGGGCCUCCGGGAACCACGCCUCCGGAGACUGCGCCUAUGGUUCCAUCACCAGCCCCACCUCCACCCUGGAGAGCAGGGACAGCGGCAUCAUCGCCACGCUGACCAGCUACUCUGAGAAUGCUGACCGGGGUGGGGGGAAGCACGGGGACGGCUCGCGGGGUAGCCUGAAGCUGUGGCAGACCCAGAAGUGUUCGGGCACAGACUCGUUCCUGUACCGCGUGGAUGAGAACAUGGCUGCCUCCACCUACAGCCUGAACAAGAUCCCAGAGAGGAGCCUGGAGACGGCCCACUCCAUCCCCUUCUACCUCAUGCCCCGGCCCAACUCUGUGGCAGUACGCUUUGCCCCCUACCGCCCCCCGGAUAUCGCCCUCAAGCCCCUUCUGUUCGAGGUGCCCAGCCUGACAGCUGAUUCGCUCUUCACCGGGAGGGAGUGGGUCUUCCAGGAAGUGGACGCCCGUCUUCACAGCGACGACUCGGCAGCCAAUCGAGGUGUGGUUGUCGUGGGCAACGUGGGCUUCGGCAAGACUGCCAUCAUCUCCCGUCUGGUGGCACUCAGCUGCCACGGCAAUCGCAUGAGGCAGAUCGCCUCGGACAGCCCCCACGCCUCGCCCAAACAUGGGGAGACCCUGCCCCUCACCCAGCCCCAGCACUCCCAUGGCACCCUGGGGGGCAGCUGCCCUGGCACGCCCGAGAUGAGGAGACGCCAGGAGGAGGCUUUACGGCGGCUCGCCUCACAGGUGGUGGCAUACCACUACUGCCAGGCGGACAACGCCUACACGUGCCUGGUGCCAGAGUUUGUCCACAACGUGGCGGCUCUGCUGUGCCGGGCACCCCAGCUCAUGGCCUACAGGGAGCAGCUCCUACGGGAGCCCCACCUGCAGAGCACCCUCAGUCUGCGCUCCUGUGUCCAGGACCCCCUCAAUGCCUUCAGGAGGGGUGUGCUGGAGCCCCUCGACAUCCUGCACAAAGAGAGGAAGAUAGCAUGUGAGGAGGACCUGAUCAUUCUGGUAGACGGGCUGAAUGAGGCAGAGUUCCACAAGCCGGACUACGGCGACACCAUCACCUCCUUCCUGUGUAAGACCAUGGAACGCUUUCCUCCCUGGCUCAAACUGGUGGUCACCGUCAGGACCUCCCUACAGGAGAUCACACAUCCCCUCCCGUUCCACCGUAUCUCUCUUGACCGCCUGGAGGAGAAUGAUGCCAUAGACCAGGACCUGCAGGGCUACCUGCUGCAGAGGAUCCAGGGCAGUGCUGAGAUCCAGAGCAACGUGUCUCUCAACGGGCGUCUGGACAACGCAGCCUUCGCCAAGCUGAGCACCCACCUCAAGGCCCUGAGCCGCGGCUCCUACCUCUACCUGAAGCUGACGCUGGACCUCAUCGAGAAGGGCUAUCUGGUGCUCAAGAGCUCCAGCUUCAAGGUGGUGCCGGUGAGCCUGGCUGAGGUGUACCUCCUGCAGCUCAACAUGCGUUUCCCUACCCAGUCGUCCUUCGAGCGUGCCCUCCCCUUGCUCAACGUGGCCGUGGCCUCCCUCCACCCCCUCACGGACGAGCAGGCGUAUGGGGCAGUGAACGCUGGUGCCGUGCGAGGCCCCGCCCUGGACUGGGAAGAUUUCCAGGGGAGACUGGAGCUGCUGUCGCCCUUCCUGGUGCGGAGGAGGGACGGAACACGUAUGUUCACACACCCCUCCUUCAGGGAGUGGCUCAUCUGGAGGGAGGACGGGGAGAAGACCAAGUUCCUCUGUGACCCGAGGAGUGGCCACACACUCCUGGCCUUCUGGUUCUCACGUCAGGAGGGCAAACUGAACCGGCAGCAGACCAUAGAGCUGGGCCACCACAUCCUCAAAGCACACAUCUUCAAGGGCCUGAGUAAGAAGGUUGGGGUCUCCUCGUCAGUCCUGCAGGGGCUGUGGGUCUCUUACAGCACAGAGGGGCUCUCCACUGCUCUGGCCUCACUGAGGAACCUUUACACACCCAACAUCAAGGUGAGCCGUUUGUUGGUCCUAGGCGGCGCCAACGUUAACUACCGUUCUGAGGUUCUGAACAACGCCCCAUUGCUGUGUGUCCACGCCCACCUGGGCUACGCGGAGACAGCCGGCCUGCUGCUGGAGAACGGAGCGCAUGUAGAUGGGGAGUCGGACAGCGGCCUCACCCCGCUGGGCUACGCCGCCGCCGCUGGUCACCUGUCCAUCGUCACUGCGCUCUGCGCCUGCAAGGCCAAGGUGGACCACCUGGACAGGAACGGUCAGUGUGCGCUGGUGCACGCUGCACUGCGAGGACACCUGCAGGUGGUCAAGUUCCUGAUGCAGAGUGACUGGAACCCUGACGGACAGCCCCAAGGAGCCUUCACCAAGAGUCACGCUGUCCAGCAGGCCCUUAUAGCAGGGGCCAGCAUGGGAUACACAGAGAUCUCAUCUUACCUAUUGGACCUGCCAGAGAAGGAUGAGGAAGAGGAGGAGCGAGCACAGAUCAACAACUUUGACACACUCUGGGGAGAGACUGCUCUGACUGCUGCAGCAGGCAGGGGGAAGCUGGAUGUGUGCAGGCUGCUGUUGGAACAAGGGGCAGCGGUUGGACAGCCUAACCGCCGGGGCAUCGUGCCUCUCUUCAGCGCUGUGCGCCAAGGACAUUGGCAGAUAGUGGACCUGCUGUUGAACCACGGAGCUGACGUCAACAUGGCAGACAAGCAGGGCCGCACGCCCCUCAUGAUGGCCUCCUCAGAGGGCCACCUAGGCACAGCAGAGUUCCUACUGGCACAAGGUGCCUCUCUGGCCCAGAUGGACAAGGAGGGUCUGACUGCUCUGAGCUGGGCGUGUCUGAAGGGCCACAUGCCAUUGGUGCGCUGCCUGGUUGAGAGGGGCGCGACCACCGCCCACGCCGAUAAGAGUGGACGCACCCCCCUGGACCUGGCCUCUUUCUACGGAGACUCAGAAGUGGUGCAGUAUCUGGUGGACCACGGGGCGAUGAUAGAGCAUGUGGACUACAGUGGGAUGCGACCUCUGGACCGGGCCGUGGGCUGCAGGAACACCUCUGUGGUGGUGGCUCUGCUCAAGAAGGGAGCCAAGAUGGGUCCGGCCACCUGGGCCAUGGCCACCUCCAAACCCGACAUCAUGAUCGUCCUGCUCAGCAAGCUGAUAGAGGAAGGAGAUGGCUUCUACAAGAAAGGUAAAGUGAAGGAGGCGGCCCAGCGGUACCAGUACGCCUUAAAGAAGUUCCCCCGCGAGGGCUUCAGCGAGGACCUCAAGACCUUCAGAGAGCUCAAGGUGUCCCUCCUCCUCAACCUGUCCCGCUGCCGGAGGAAAAUGAAUGACUUUGGGAUGGCUGAGGAGUUUGCUACCAAGGCGCUAGAGUUGAAAUCCAAAUCGUACGAGGCCUUUUACGCCAGAGCCCGCGCCAAGCGCAGCAGCAGGCAGUUCCACGCAGCCCUGGAGGACCUGAAUGAGGCCACCCUCCUUUGCCCCAACAACCGGGAGAUCCAGCGCCUGCUGCAGAGGGUGGAGGAGGAGUGUCUUCAGUUCGAGGAGCAACAGGAGCUGGACCCUCCCCCAUCCCCUCCCAGAGAGCAGGCCGCGCCCCCUCCCCAUUCCCUGGAGCCCCGCCUGGAGGACAUGCAGCCAGUGCAGGACCUGUUGGACGAGGACUACCUGGAGCAGGACCUGGAGAGCCUCCCCAUGGGCAUGACUCCCGAGCCCCGCUCAAGCCCCUCUGGCCUGCCCCUCAUCCAGAGCCUGCCCCCCUCCCCGGGCCACCGCAACUCGCCCUACCUCUCCGGAGGCCCCUCCAUGGUCCAGGCUUUCGAGCUGCCCCCUAGCCCCCCUUCCAUGUCCUCCCCCACACGCCAAGGCUACCAGUCCACUUCCCCAUCACUUUCCCCGACGCACCAGAGCUCCCACUACCGGCCCAGCCCUCCGCACACCUCCCCAGCCCACCAGGCUUCCGCUAUGCCGUACAACUUCAGCCCACCACCUUCGCCUCUCCGCCGGGGGCCUCAGUACCGCGCCAGCCCCACCUCAGAGAGCGGAGGAGGUCUGUACCGGCCACAGUCGGCCUCAGCCCGCUACCAGUCGGAGCAGAUACCCGGCCGGCCGAAGUCUCCGCUGUCUAAGAUGAGCAGCCAGCGCUCCUUCCAGCUGCCCUCCCAGCAGCAGCCUCCCCAGCAGGGCCAGUGGCUGCAGCCUGCCAAGGCCCAGAUCGUACGCACCAACCAGCCCAGCUCCGCUGUGCACUCCAGUGCUGUGCUGGGCACCAGUGCCUACAGCCAGAUGGCCCACUCCAUGAGCACCCGCCUCCCCCCCGACCUGGCCGAGCUGAGGGACGGGGUGAAUAUAUACCCCAGUGCCCUGGAAGGGAGGCCCACGCUGCAGGUGCAGGCCAGCCUCAGUGCAGGAGCACUGUACCAAUAUGGUGGGAUCCAGAUGGUCCCAAUGGAGGAUGAGCUCCCCCAGCGGCCCUCCUCAGCUUACCGGCCUGGAGGUCCGCGCUAUGGCCAGGCCCCCCAGAUCAGCCGCAGCCAGUCAGCAGCGUACUACCCUGUCUCACCUCAGAUGGAGAUGGAGUUAGAGAUGGAGCACCAGGCGGCGCUGGGAUCACCGGAGAACCCCCACGGCCUGCGCCGACCUGUCAGUGCCACCAGCGCAGAGCCAAAGCCACACGCCCCCACUCCCCGGCCCCUCAUGCACUCCCAGAGCGUAGGCCUCCGCUUCUCCCCCUCCAACACAAGCCUGGGUGGGGUCUCUGCAGCUAAUCUAGCCCCAGGCUUCCGGGGCUCCACCUCGGCCCAGCAGAUGGAAAUCCCUCUACAGCUGUCCUACGAGGAUGGUAGCGUCUACUGCGACGACCUCUCGCCUGUGUCUCCUCCGCAGGGCAGCGACAUAAGGGUGGUGGGAGGGACGUACCCAGACAAGGCACUCCGCUCCAGAAACACACCUUUCAUGGGCGUUGUCGACAAGACGGCGCGGACUCACCAGUACCUGCCACCACAACCGCAGACAAUAGGGCGCUCCUGGGCCAUCUCUUCCCUGGACACGGUGGUGACAAGCUCCGCCACGUCUCCAGGGAACAUUGGCCCUCAGCAUGGCUACAGCCAACAGCCCAGCCUGGGACACAUCGCCUACUACAACCGCACCAACAACGCCCACAACGGACACCUCCUGGACGAAGACUACUACCAGCCGCCAGCUAACAGCUCACGGGAUGGCAGGGCAGACGGCAUGGGCCGCGUGAGCCAGGCGCCAUCCUACCCAGACGUCAAGGUGGCCCGGACGCUGCCUGUGGCCCAGGCCUACCAGGAGAGCGAGUACAUGCAGCACUCCAGGGACAGGCAGGGCCCCACGUCCCCUAUCAAACCAAAGAGACCUUUCGUGGAGUCAAACGUUUAGGGAGGGACUGAGGGAGAGGACUGAUAAGCCUGCAGAUAUUUUGAUUUGCAAUGACUUAGAGACAACCUCAAGGGUAUGUGAUGAGACUGGGAAGGCAACACCUCUGCAGACAAACACAUUUAAACUCUCCUCCCAUGCAUCUUCUUUGCCUCUGUCCUUCACAGCCAUUUUCUAUGGAUGAAUACAAGAAAGCCUAAAACUGCAGUUUGCCAGGUGAAUCCAACACCUCCAGUACUCCAGAAUAUGUUGGCCUUCUGUUUGCAGAGUAGUUUGUAUAGUCAAAGUGGAGGGGGCAGGGAUGAUCCACAACUUUAGGAACUAAAGCCUGUAGGAGGACUAAUACCACACACCCUGACCUGGAAACCUCCAGAUCUCAAGCAGGGGAGACUGCUGCCUGCCGUUUUCUCCCUGCCCCUGAAUGCCUGUCCUGGGAUGGUCAGACUCAAGUCCAAACUCUCAAUGCCUUCUUCAGAACAACUCAAUAGAAGGCCACCCUUCACUAAGAUGACCAUGUUCUCUGCUGUAAAUGUGACUGAAAAGAGACUUCAACAUACUUGUACAUAGGAAAAGCAACAAAAAAAAGAAAAGUAAUAUUUAUCAUUUAAGUUAUGUUUGUAAAUACAUUAUAUAUAUUAUUUCCAUUGGAUUGUAUUUUUUUUUUUUUCGCUCAAGAAGUGACAUGCAGCAGGCUUUGUGAAGCUUUUGGGAAACGGGCAUUUUUUUAUUUCCAAUAACUUGAAUAUUUCCUUUUACAGUUGAAUUAUCUCUACCAGACAAAUCUGCAGUUAUUCAAACAUAACACUGUACUACAUACACUUUUGGCCACUAAAGGGUCAAAGAUGUUGGCAGCAUGCACACAUGACUUCAAAUGACCGAAGUGGUCAUUGAAGGACUAUUUUCAUCCGUCCACAAAAUGCUUUCCAUAAAACAAUGGUUACACUUUCUUUUACAGUGCAUUUUCAUGAAACUAGAUAAGUUUUGAAAAAAUACACUGAAGAAAGUCGUGUCAAGACUAGGCUACAUUACAUGGUUGGACUAGAUUAUGAUCUAUCUAUACAAGGUUGUCAAUUGUGAUGGAUUUCAUACAACACAAUUACAGUGCAGUUUACCCACCAGUUUGGUAACGCCCUUUAUCCCCUACUGGCACUUAGUAUGAACAACAAUCAGUUAAACAGAUACUUCUCUUACAAGAACAUAUGAACCCCUUAUCUGUGAAGUUUACAUUUUUAUUUACUGUAGUCUUCAUUCUUGUCUUUGUUACUUUAAAAUGUCAAACAUUUAGGCUAACAUUUUUAUUUGUAUUUAUUUAUAAUUAUUUACUGUGUAUUGGUGUGCUUGGUAAUAGGUGGAGCCUCUGCGAUCGGAUUGGUUCAUAAACACUCCAACCAGGAAUUUGAAGGAAAUUAAUGAGCCAGUUGAUUGGAUGCACCGCUUGUUAAUAUCAAAAGUUAACCCUACAUCUGAGCCUGUUGCAGGAGGGACUUAUCCCUACAGUCAAUACCCUCUCCUGUCUGGAUUAACACCCAAAAUAACAUUUAUUUUUAAUAGUUCGUGUAAAUAAUUGUACAUGCUGUGCUGCAUAGAAAUGCAUGUUUGUUCUCUGCUUACUCCCAUGCUGAUAUAAACAUGUAAUAUUUGGAGAGGGAGGCAGAGUACAGGGUGCAGGAACUGAUGGAACAGCCAUCUUUUUUUUCUCUUGGAAGGAGAAGGCAUUUUUCCUUUUUAGUUUUUUUGGGCUUGCUGAGCAGAGUUCUGUAAAUUGUCUGUAUAUGUGAGUUGUGGUGUUUUGAAACGAGAAGGUAAUAAGAAACAUGCGUUUUUAACCCAGUUAAGCGAUUGUAAAAUGUACUUAUUUAAAAAUGGUUACCACGUCAAAGAAAAUAAAUGUGGGUCGGCUCUUUUA